GUACCGUAGAUCCGAACUUAAGUCCAAUCAACGCUACCUGUUCCGAAUUGAGUUUCCAAUCAUACCCACGCCCUUUCUAUUAUUGUUAUUUACAUUAGUUCACUCGGGCGUCUCACAACGACAACAGCGGACAAACGCACCUCAGGAUUCAACGUUACUGGCAUCUUAAUGGAGGGGCUGAGCCGAUGGAUAAAUCGAUUGCCGCGAGUUAAGAUCAACACCGACAGUGUACGGUUACUAAGGUGCAAAUUCGGGGAGGUCGAGUUUAUAUUGUGGAUUUAUUUGUCAUUUAGGGAAGGUUUACUCACUCAGACUUAGCCAGAACAGCGCGGUCGACAUUUAAAGCUUAAUAGUGUUCAGCGACAAAGUUUAACGUUCUUAUUCAGACCCCGAGUAGUCAAAUAUCACAGAUCGCCUGAUAAACGUACAGACGGGAUUAACCCAUGUUGGGCUCACUGACUUAGGGUCCAUGGAAUGCUGGGAGGAUUUGAGAGGGAGAUUGAGUCGCAGUCAUUUCAGGACAAGUGGUGGACGACUUUUGUUUGGAGAGUGUCAGGAAUUGCUGAAAUCCCGUGUGGAGAGUAUUUACCUGGAUAUCUUGAAUGGUGUAUAAGUGCGACGUGUUUGAGUGGGCGAAGAUUGUUUCAUGAUUAGAAAUUAGAGAUCUUCCGGAGAUAUCUCGGGAUAAACGUUCAUAGUGAAAUCAACGGAGACAGAUCAAGGAGAUCUGCACUUGCUGUUGUGGGAAGCAGACGACACGAUUCAGAAGCAGACGACAUGAUUUAGAAGCAGACGGCAUGACUUAGAAGCUGACACGAAAGUUCCAGAGACACGUGUUAUUAUACAGUUUGACUUCGGAAGCAGACGACAGGAUCUCACUUUACCGAUGCGUUCGAAUUCUGAGACAUUAAACGUGUACUUGUCGGUUGCAUCCGAGGCAGACGAACAGAGCCCUAGGGAUACUGGUUCUCAGUGAAAUAGUCCCAAUUCUUUCUCCUUACUCGCGAUGGAUGUUGCUCAUGUUGAGAACGUCUGGGUGUAUAUGUGAAUAUACCUGCACCGCUGUCUCAAGGAUGUCACAAAGAUUUCAACACGAUAUGACACUUCGUAAUGGAAGCAAGACGACUGAAACGGAAAUAACUCAUUACGUCAUUGUCCGGAAGCGACCGACUAUUCCAUGGGGACAAAUACCUUCACUAAACGUAAUCUCGGAGUAUGUAAUUGAUUAAUUGGUUCGAAGAUUUCGGCUUUUGAUUACAAAUGACAAACGACUGUUGAGGCAUAGCACGCCCAUUGAUAUUUGAUAAUCUUGAGAAAGUUCGCUCAGUCAGAUCAUUUAGUGCAGGAUUGCUGGCCAAGAGCUCGGAAUUCGCACAACGCUUUGCAGUCGUCGACGCGUUAUUGAUAAGACAAAUGUUAUGGGUGGUUUGGGAUCACAUUCAUUACGGAAUGACUGGCAGUCAACAUAAUACAGAACCUACCCGCCGUGGAUACAAUCUGUUACUGAGCCAAUUGUAGGCGAGACGCAUGGGUAUUCAACGACCUGUUACCUCUUCAGGGUCGUUUGUAUUGACGAAAACACGAUUGUGUACAUAUCUAACAACGGGUCGUACCGUGAAUGGCAAAAGUGUAUCGUUUGUGGAAAGGCCAACAAUGGUGGCGUAGCCGGUGGACAAAGCCGUUGCUACUCGCUGUCUUUGCUAGUCAAUAAGUUUAUAGAAAUUAGUUCAUAUAAGUGCCACAAUGCGAUCCAAAACGGGUAUAGCGCCUCGCCUGGCGAGCACUCGAGAUGUGUCUGGGAGUCAUGCCAAUUCGCCGUACCCCCAGUGGAUGAAAUCCUUAGAGGUGAAAUACCAGAAGUUACAUACGAAGAUUAUGCAAAGUACGAGUGUAAGCUCUGUCCGGCAGUUGUCAGGACCUCGGUCCAAGAGGUCAGAGGCCAGCGUUUCUCGGCUGAGUAACAGAACCCGUAACUCUAUACCGAUCAGACGAUCAGUGUGUAAAAGCAGUGUUGAUAUUGGGUUUGGGGGCACUGGAGCAGGGGUGACCGAAGUGGACGACUUCGAGGACGACGAUAGUGAUGAUGACAUUCUGAAGGAGACAAUGAAACCAGAUCCUUGUGUUCCUAGACGGGAGACUGUCCCGGAUGUCAAAUUGUGGCGGGACAGGUCCGAGGUUGCGAAGACAGCAGACGACAUUUUAAAAGCCUGUGGCGCGACGACGUGCAGGGUCUUGGACAACACGAACGCCAUGAACUCUCAGAUCAAGAAUGUGGGUCAUGCGACCAACGUGGCUCAGUCGAUGGAUACCCUUCUACCAACGCCACGAAAUGUUAACACAUCUGUGAGCAGAGUGAGUAAUAAGACUUCCAGAUCCUGCCCCGCUGUUAUUCAAACCGCAAAUGACUUCCCCAGACCGUCUGGUCUCAGACCAUCUCGACUACCCAGACCAACUAAACGAAAAAAUCUAAAACUAUUUUCACGUAUGUCGUUGGAGGCUCAACACGCUAUCAAUGAGACUUUGAACGAAAUGGGUGCAGAUAAUUCUAGUCCCAAGCCAGUAGCGUCAUGUGAAACGGGAAAUAAUGGCCAAAUAUUAAAUGAUACGGACCAAAGUGAUCUCGCCAUUGGUGUGCUAUCUACGUGUGAAGUUGAGGAUGGAUCUUUAGACAGUGCAAGGAGUUGUGCAUCAAGUAGUACCGUCACUGAGUUAAUGAACUCUAGAAACAGGAGAGGACUAAGGGGAGAUAAAUGCCUCUUUCCUCGGAUAGGUCUAAAAUCGAAUAUGUUACCUAAAUCCUCUUCAGUUGAAUCAUUGGACAAUGCAGAAGCAAUGCGAAUCCCAGGUGUAGGGAAGUAUAAUUUAAUGAAACGAGAGCGAACUUUUCAAAUAACAUUCGGUGACUUUGAUAUACGAUACAGGGACAUAAUCUCGUGCGAUCGGAGGGGAUCAGAGACGCCUCCAGCAGAGAUCCGAGAGAAAGCUAUAGCCAAAUGUACACAGUGGUUAGAGAAAUACACGCCUAGGUGAUACAUGGACGAUUUAGCUCAUUUAUAUAUUUCUUCACAUUUUCAGGAAAUCCUAACAGAAUUGUGAUUUCCGAUUGCUCUAUAUUUCAAAAGGUAGGUGGGUCGAUUUUAACAAAUGCACCUAUGUUGGAGAAUUACUCUAAAGGUUUUCAGCGUUUGGUAUAUUUCAUGUGUACUCUUUUUGUCUCGAUCAGUGAAACAGUGACACGGAGGUGAGAUUCGUCGCUGUUCGGGUAAUCAAAACCACAUGAAUGUGUUUGGUCAUUACGUAUUCUUUCAGAAUAUUCAUUAUCUGUACGUGUAUGUAUAUGCACAAACAAAUCGAAGAUACCUGCACAUUAUUGAGAAUUAUCGCUGAAAUGGCUUUUCGACACACGAAGGUAAUGAAAAGUUCAUUUCAAGACUUUUGCUACUUUGUCUUCAUAUGAAACUCGUUAAUUCUGGUGGGACCCAAUACUUCGAGUUAAAGAGGUUUCACUGCUUUUUAGCCAGUUUCUGGUGUUUGGGAAUGUUCGUGUUGGUGGGGUACCUUAUAACGCACAAACAUUGGCUAAGUCGAAGGGUAACAGCACAUCCCAAUGAACAGUAUUAUAUAUCACUCGUUAUAUGUCAUUUAUUUGUUUUAAUUGAGUAUUUCUUACGUAUGGGAUCCACUUCGAGACAUCCGUGUGUACAUGAGUAUUCAUUGUUGUGUGUUACGAAUAGAAUUAAGUUUGAUGCACCUUUUUCAAGCAGGCAAUCAGUGGGGUUUUCAAUGAAUUAUGUAUCAUGUAAUGCUAUGAUUGUUACCAAGAACACAUAGUAAUCGUGGUCACGUUAUUGUUAACAUUAGAGACCCACUACGGAAUGUAUUGUUUUUAAAAAUGUGGAAGCUUUUCUCAUAGGGCAAUAUAGACAAACUUUAUUAAGUACAACUCCUUUAUUUUGUGAGUGCGAUGUUUCGAUACAUAUUCUUUCAUUCCUGCUUGGCAAUUGUCCAAGAAUCUGUAUCGAAACACAACACUCACGAAAUAAAGAAGUUGAUAUCCAUAAAGUUUGUCUAUAUUGUGCUUCCCAUCUUCUAUA